AAAACAAAAGUAACUAAGGUUACUAACGCGUUUGAGUCAUACACUCAUCUGCUGGCCACAAACAAUUCUCAAAUUCGUACUCUCCGCCAGCAGGAGCAGCACAGCAAAGAGAAAGAAAGAGUUAAGUGUGAAGUACGUAAUCAUUCGCCGCGCGCGCGUUAACUAAACAGAGAGCCAGACAUACGCAAUCCAACAAUAUUGUUGAUCGCGCAUUGAAUGGGCUUGGUCAAGCUGCAACGUCGUGCUACAUUUUUAAUUCCAAAUGUUUCACGUUGAUAUCACACUUUGCACACACUGAUAAAUGCAUUUGCAAGACGAUGGCUGAGGCAAUAGUUGAGCAUGACUACAGUGCAAAGCAAGCAGAUGAACUCACAAUAAAAAAAGGUGAUGUCAUCAAAGAGGUAGUGAAAAAGCAGGAAGGCUGGUGUGAAGGAGUCCUUGAUGGUAAACGCGGACUGUUUCCCGAUAAUUUCGUCAUGUUAAUGCAGGUGAAAAUGAGGGCGAACUCAACCAAUAGCAGAAGAUGCAGAGUCAUCUACUCCUACAAACAGGAACACGAAGAUGAACUCAGUUUAAAUCUGGGUGAAAUUAUUGAAGUUGUUGGCGAGGAAGAAGAAGGAUGGUGGAAAGGCAGAAUAAAUGGUAAAGUUGGUGUGUUUCCUUCGAAUUUCGUCGAGGAAAUCAACGAAAAUGGCCGGGAGGAACAAAAACCAGUUGAAAUUGUGCCAGUUGUCAAAGAAGAACCGAAAAUAAUUCCAGUUAAAACAUUCUGUGAGGUAAAAUACGCGUACCAAGCCCAGAAUUCCGAUGAAUUAACACUCAAAGAAGGCGAUAUUGUGACACUCAUCAGUAAAGACGGCCAGGAUGCAGGCUGGUGGCGUGGUGAACUCGACGGUAAAGUAGGUGUCUUCCCUGAUAACUUCGUCAUACUCGUUGAGAAAGCACCACCGCCAGCGCCACCUACGUCAAUUGACACUGACAGCGAAAAGGUUGACAAACGCCCCGUGAAUCCUACAAAACCCACGCAUGUUGCCACCCAACGCAAAUCCCAAGAAGUAAAACCUGUUAAACUCGACCCUCCUGCAAUCCCCAACAAAAAACCAAGCGUCCCGCAAAAAUCACCGUCGGGUGCAGCCGGUGGUCUUUUUAGUAGUAUCACUAAAAAGAUACAAGACACCAUAGAUGGCGGUGCUAGUUCAAAAUCCGUCAAAAUAACUAAUAAUGAUGACACGCAUCCAGCGCACGAAUCGUAUCAUGCGUUUGACAACAUCGAACGCAAUCCAGUCCUGCAGGAUCCACGCGCGAAUCGAGUGAAAGGUCCAGGCAGACGUCCGGCGAGUGUUGCACUCAAAGAAGGCGAAGGUUUAAUAAAUGGUAAUUCAGAUUAUGGCAGUUUGGAAGAUGGCGCUGGCGAAGAGGAUCAACGAGAGAUAAAACCAAGAAGUAUUGACGUUCAAAAACCACCAUGGUUGGAGGAAAUGAACAAAAAAAUGAAUAAACGAUCAACAGUCACAGCAUCCGAGCGUGUAAACCGGCCUGAAAGCGAAGAAAAACCAAUUGAAGCGUCUCCAGCUGUUGACAUGUCAAGAUCAUUGCCUCCAGCGGCGUUGGCACAAACUAAACCGAAAGAUGUCAAAGAGGUUAAGACAGCCUCAGAAUUAGAACGUGUCAAUUCCAUCGACAAGGUCAUCCUAAGGUCAAAACCUGUUGUGAAUGUUCGCCCGCAGACAAUUGAUGCUUCCGUACGGAAAACCUCGCCGACGAUACCGCGUAUACCAUCACCAUCCCCGCCGGCAUCGAUUUCACCUCUACCAUCAGGUAAACCACCGAUUGCAGAUCGAUCCAGUGUGGAAAUGUUGAGCAGUCGACAUUUCAACGAGUUGAAUGAACGCCUUGCCGCCAUGGAGGCGGAAUUAAAUCGUAGAUGCGAUGAAUUCGCGAUUACAAUCGAAGAUUUACGAGGUAGGUUACAGGUGGAGACUGAUAUGCGCAUGCUCCUCCAGGUAGAGCUUGAAAAGCUGCAGGAACAAGUGCAGUUGCAGACAUAGGUAUGAAUUGAUUAGAAUGGAAUUAAAUUAAUGCGCGAUGCGACAAACACAAUAAUAACAAAAUGCUUAGUGCUAGAACACGUGUAUAUACUUGCAAUAAGCUAGAUACGUUUAUAAAUACGCGGCGUGAUGAAAAAUGUGGUUAGAUUAGUCAUCAACUGUCAAAAAGGUUUUUGUAAGUUUUUAUUGAAUAACUUUUAAACGCGUGGAGAUAUUUCCUUCAUUCUUUUUUUAAUUCAUUCCUGGAUGAGUUCUGCGCAUAAAUCUUUUUAUACUUUUAAAAAUAAUAAUUAUUACCGAAGAUAUAGGCGUUUAAAGUAAAACUUUUGAAUUUUGACAGUUUUUGACAGUAUUUUUUGACAUAACCACAAAAUGAUGCAACAGAUACAUUCCUAAAUAAGUUAGGUUGUUUUUAACUUGGUUUUAAUGAAUUCCAAACGUUUUCAAUGUCAAUAUUAGCUAAAUUGAAACAAUUACACCAAAUUAAACGUAAUUUCCGGUUGUUUUAAGUCAGAAAUAUUGAAAUAUUACAAGUGCUGGUUACUGUGAUGCUAUCUACACAAUAUUUUAUUAAUUUCGCACACGAUUCUAUCAAAUUCCGAACGUUUGAUUUCGUAUUUAUUGUAUUUAUUAUAUUUUACGGUGUUUUAAUUGAAUUUCUUGCGUCGAUAAUUACUAAUCACUACAAAUUGCUAUUUUUAUACAUAUUACGCGCUAGGGUUAAACGUUGAGACGCUUUUUAAGGAAUUUUUCAAUUUUACAUUCCGAUAUUUUCCAAUUUUAUAAAUGUAAAUAGCAUUUAGAUGGAAACUAAUGAAAACUAAUGAUAGAAAUAUGCCUUAAGCAGCAAUUUUUCGUUUUUCUUAUCCGAAUAUUGCUUUGAAACAUAUUUAUAAAGUAUGUACUUACAGAGAAUUGUACUUAAGGCAUAUUCUUACAGAUUACUUGCGCUCUAAGUUGUAAUAUCAUAUACUAAGCUACGCGAAUUACAUGUCAUAUUAUUUAAGAUGAUAUAAAAUGAAAUAAAUAAUAUAUUUUUUUGUGA